AUGGUUGUAUCCAGUCUUCGUCCCGUAAUCCCCCUCCCUCUUGGGACUGUUGAUCGCAAUGUCUCUGCUGAACCAUUGACUACCGCAGUCGAUAGGGCGGCUCUUGAGACAUCAAGCAAAAUCCUCGAUAUCAUCGGAAGGUAUCGCAUGAAGCAAGACGACAACCUCUACUCGCAUUCCGAUGAGUCAACACUCAAAUUCAUCGCUCUUAUCUACACCCACGUCAAGGCUGGCAAGCCAGUUCCUAUGUGCCUACCGGCCUUCCCCUUCAAGUCGCCAAACUCGACCUCAAAGACAUUGGGGAAACUUCCUGAUAAGGGUGAAGAGAUUGCUCUUGCCCACCUCAACGGAUUAUGCAGCGCUAUUGGUGAUGUAUAUCCGCCCGGCGCCAAACUUACUAUCAUUUCCGAUGGAUUAGUAUAUAAUGACCUUCUUGGUGUCCCAGAUAGAGAUGUCUGGGCCUACGGCGAGACUCUUCGCUCCAUGGCAGCAGAAAAAGAAUUUCACAACAUCUCCUUCGCACGUCUUCGCGAUCUUGUUGAGAUUGAUCUACCGAAGGACCUCGAGGAGAUGACCUAUGUUGCCAACGCGUCAAACUUUCGACGUGCACUCCUCAACACCUUCAGCAAGCCUGGCUGGAAUUGGGAUGAAGUCCGCCAAUCGGAUGACCAGUGCAUGACUUAUCGUGGCUACAUCAAGUUUCUCCAAACAGAUUUGGAAACUGUUUAUCCGGUUGAUGAGAACCGGAGCAAGUCAAAGUAUAAGAGAGGCAUUGAGUAUAUCGCGAAGCAGAUGAUGGCUCGAGGAGAUGCCUUUGCCAAUGCUGUUCGACAAAAGUACCCCGACCAUGUUCGCCUUUCAAUCCAUCCCUCAACCGGCGCUGUCAAGCUGUCUGUCAGCCUUUUGCCAACUGAGCAACUCUACACUACGCCCUGGCACUGCAGCGUAGCUUACAGACUGGAUGGUACUAUCAGAACCGGCAUGCGAUCUGAGUUUGACAACGACGAAAGCCUCGAACUAGUCUACGACAACAGGAGACCUUCGUAUUACCGAGAGAAGUCACCGCUUCUAUCAUGGGCAGAGGACAAGGGUGGCAUCGUGGUUGAUCCUAUGUACCCCGCUGGUCUGAUCAUCCGUCCUGCUAAUGGAGCUGGCUCCCUGACACUUGACGAUAUCGACACGAAGAAAGUCCGUGCUCUGUCAGAGAUCAACUCACCGGUUGUUCUCAAGGGAUUUGUCAAGAAGCCUAACCGCGACCGCUUCAUUGAUUUCAGCUACCGAUUCGGAACGCCCUUACCCUGGAAGUUUGGGUUAUUGCUUGAAGUCAAGGACCGAGGACAUGAUGCUAGAGGUUUGAACAAUGUCCUUUCAGCGGAGCCUAUGCCGUUCCACUAUGAUGGCUUGUUCAAGGUUGUCAAGCAAACUGAUGAGGAUGGAAAUGAGAAGACUGUUUCGACUCCUCCCCAGUAA